UCAGCCCGGGGUGGCUUCCGGAAAUGUCCACACUCCCACGUUCCGUCAGGCAGCAUCCGGCGGCAGCGAGGCCUGUGGCUCCCCCUGCGGGCGGCUCGGCGGCGUGCACGGUCCGGCCUCCUGGCUGGUGGGGUGCUGAGUCUUGGGCAGCAUGACGACGGAGACCUUCGUGAAGGAUAUCAAGCCCGGGCUCAAGAAUCUGAACCUUAUCUUCAUUGUGCUGGAGACAGGCCGAGUGACCAAAACAAAGGACGGGCACGAGGUUCGGACCUGCAAAGUGGCAGACAAAACAGGCAGCAUCAAUAUCUCCGUCUGGGACGACGUGGGCAACUUGAUCCAGCCUGGAGAUAUUAUCAGACUCACCAAAGGGUAUGCUUCGGUGUUCAAAGGUUGUCUGACACUGUAUACUGGCCGAGGGGGUGAUUUGCAGAAGAUUGGAGAGUUCUGUAUGGUUUAUUCUGAGGUUCCUAACUUUAGUGAGCCCAACCCAGAGUACAGCACCCAGCAGGCACCCAACAAAGCGGGGCAGAACGACAGCAGUCCUGCAGCCCCCCAGGCUACCACUGGACCCUCUCCUGCCUCUCCAGCUUCUGAGAACCAGAACGGGAAUGGACUAAGCACCCCACCAGGUCCUGGUGGUGGCCCACACCCCCCUCACCCUCCCUCCCACCCCCCCAGCACCAGAAUCACUCGAAGCCAGCCCAACCACACACCAGCUGGCCCUCCUGGCCCCUCCAGCAAUCCCAUCAGUAACGGCAAAGAAACACGAAGGAGCAGCAAGAGAUAGCAAGACACUUUUCCUCUCCUCCUACCACUGGCACAACCCAGGUGUCUUCAGAAAAACAAGACAGCAUUCUACUAGGUUGCUGGCUUUGGGGUUGGGGCUGGAGUAGCAGCAUUUAGCCACUAAACUUCCCUGGAAGGGUGGUGAGCAGUGGCUUUAUUCACCCCAAACCCAUAACCCCUCUUGUCCAGCUGAAGCUGCCUAUCCCCUGUGAUCCAGGGCCCUCUGCCUACUCUCCAUCUUCUUUAGAAACUAUAGUUAAAUAGUUUGUUUCCUGUGUGUGUAAUAUGGGGGUCUAAUUGAAAUUCCUCCUUCCUAAUAAAUGUUACCACUCUU